AUGAAUUGCGUUGUUUACGCCUACGCUAGGUUCAAGAUGGCUGCUGGGGACAACAGCGGCAGGCCUCCAUGCCUUAAUUUCUCCAGUCCGGGUCCUCUGGGGAACAGUCAGCCCAGCAACAGCGUUUUCUCCAUGCCAGCAACCAACGGCGGAGCGGUUGGGGCAGCCGGGGGAGCACAGGGAGCUGCGAGGCGUCCCAACCCGCAGCUGGGGCCUGGUGGGGGAGACAGCAACGGUGUUUCAAACGGAGCUCCGCCGACUGCGCAGAACUCCCUGCAGCAGUCCGCUGCGGCAGGUGUUGCGGCAGCCGGAGCCAUGGCCACCCCGGCGUCAAACAUGGCAACCACCGCAGCGUCAAAUGCGCCCGCGGCGGCUGCACCGACCGCUACUCCGGCCGCCGCGUCUGUACUGGUGUACCGAGAACCGGUGUACAACUGGCAGGCGACAAAGAGUACCGUGAAGGAGAGAUUUGCCUUCCUCUUCAACAAUGAGGUGCUCAGUGACGUUCAUUUUUUAGUGGGCAAAGGAAUGGGGGUUCAGAGGAUACCUGCACACAGGUUUGUCCUGGCUGUGGGGAGCGCUGUGUUUGAUGCCAUGUUUAACGGCGGGAUGGCGACGACCUCCACGGAAAUCGAGCUUCCUGAUGUGGAACCUGCUGCUUUUCUGGCUCUCCUCAAGUUUCUCUACUCUGAUGAGGUGCAGAUUGGUCCUGAGACAGUGAUGACCACACUGUACACUGCUAAGAAGUAUGCAGUGCCAGCCCUGGAGGCUCACUGUGUGGAGUUUCUAAAGAAGAAUCUGAGAGCAGACAAUGCUUUCAUGCUGCUCACACAGGCUCGGUUAUUUGAUGAGCCUCAGCUUGCCAGCCUCUGUCUAGAAAACAUUGACAAGAACACCGGAGACGCUCUCGCUGCUGAAGGCUUUACAGACAUUGAUCUUGACACAUUGGUGGCAGUGUUGGAGAGAGACACUCUUGGGGUGAGGGAGGUGCGUCUGUUUGGUGCUGCUGUUCGCUGGGCGGAGGCAGAAGCUCACAGGCAGCAGCUGCAGCCCACGCCUGAAAACAAGCGCAAAGUUCUGGGAAAGGCUCUAACACUCAUCCGCUUCCCUCUCAUGACCAUUGAGGAGUUUGCUGCAGGUCCGGCUCAGUCCAGUAUUCUGACUGACAGAGAGGUGGUGAGUCUCUUCCUCCACUUCACAGUGAACCCAAAGCCUCGUGUAGAUUUCAUUGACCGGCCCCGCUGCUGCCUCCGCGGGAAGGAGUGCAGCAUCACGCGAUUUGGACAGGUGGAGAGCCGCUGGGGUUACAGCGGGACAAGUGACCGCAUACGGUUCUCAGUAAAUAGAAGGAUAUUCGUUGUGGGCUUUGGUCUCUACGGCUCUAUACAUGGACCCACAGACUACCAAGUUAACAUACAGAUCAUUCACACAGACAGUAACACGGUGCUAGGUCAGAAUGAUACGGGCUUCAGCUGUGAUGGCUCUGCUAACACUUUCAGAGUCAUGUUCAAAGAACCGGUGGAGAUUUUACCCAAUGUCAACUACACUGCCUGCGCUACACUGAAGGGUCCAGACUCUCAUUACGGGACGAAGGGAAUGAGAAAGGUAACGCACGAGUCAUCAUCCACUGGCACAAAGACGUGUUUCACCUUCUGUUACGCAGCGGGCAACAACAAUGGCACUUCAGUAGAGGACGGACAGAUUCCCGAGGUGAUCUUCUACACAUAGUCGCCCACUGUGUACUGGCAAUCUUCCAUCAAAUGUGACGAGAACCUGACACCAGCGCGGGGCCACACUUCAGCAGCCGCACUGGGGACUAAAACUCUCAGACAUCAUACUGCUCCCUCCAUGUAGUGAACUACUGCUGACCACAUGGGAGGUCACGUAGCCGUUAAAAGAUGUAGGUCACAACAUGGCAUGUAGCUUGUCAUUUGAGAUGCUGUCUCUCCCUUUCUGCUGGCUUUCUUUAUCCCUUUGUGUCAUAUAAUGCAAGCCUCUGAAUCAGACAUGACUCUAAGUGACUCCACAGGGAAAGGAGAGGAGGAGGAGGGCGGAGCUUCUCAAAUAAUUCACAGUAUUGAUGUCGAUGCUGUGGAUGUCAGCAAAUGACUUGACACUGAAUUCCCCCUAAGCUGUAUGUUUCCCCUUCCUGUACUCCACAGCAUUAAUGCAAAAGAGAGCUACAAAUGUAUGAAUGUACAGUUUAUCAGAUUUGCCAAGACAAGAUGUUCAUCACCGUUGAAUAGAGACCAGCAUUUCACUCGGUUCUUUGUCAGCUGUAUGUCCCAUACACUCAUAGGCUUUAAUCUUUGACGGAUUUGAACCAUUCUUCAUUUUAAGCUUAACUUCAUGAUAACGAUAAGACAGUCUUCAAAUUUCUUCAUCCAGUACUAUCAGUGAUAUCUUGUGUCCUUCGCUUGGUAGUUGCCUAUACUCAAGAUACCUUGCACUUUUCGGCCUUGCAUAUGUUAAUUUGGUUGUUUUAACUCUACAGAUAUGUUUCUUUCAAGCUUUGUUUUACGAAGUGUGGGCAGAGGAGUAUUCCUUCUUGGUGCCGAAGUUAAAGGGUUGUAUAUUAAAGUGGCAUUUAUUAACGUUAUAUAUGUAACUUGAAAUAACUAUUGAUUAAAGAGUGAGGAAAAAGUACUAUGUAGUAUUUUUUGAAGAGGAAAAAACAUGCUAGGAGUAAGCUCUACUAAGCAGCUGAUUUGCUCAGCUGAGCAUAAAGACGAGAAAGAGGAAAAGCCUUCACUUCUGGAUGGAUGAAGUUCAAGGCUUUAGAAAUCAUUUUCUAAUUAUAAUUAAGGGGAGGAAAGGGGGAUUUAAAAUGCUGUAUUAAUUUGAUACUAAUAAACAUAAAGCAGAACAGCAUCAAAGCCAUCAGUGCUUCUUAGAAGAUUUUUUUGACAACUUCAUAGGAAGGAUGAGAGUAACAAAAAAUAAGUUAUAAAAGUGGAGGUGAUAAAAACUUGUAAGUUUGUAAGAAUGAUAAAUACAUUUGAACUAAAACAAUGAAGUGAAUUGAUCUGAUUAAGGCCUCAAAUGAUAAAAAUCUAUAUGAUUUGGCCUAUCAAACAUCAAAAUACGCGUUGAUUAAAAUGUUAACAGAUAACAAUGUUUGUAAAGUCAAAAUAAAAGUGAUAAUCCACUAACUGAAUAAUCAAUUCUUAUCAUUCUUAAUUUUUUGUGAUUUCCGGUUUGGAACACUUUGCACAACUUUUAGUUAUUUCAUCCCUAAAUUAACUUUCUGGAAUUUCUGAGGCGAAAAAUUGAUGCUGGUGAUUUUUAGUAUUUACAAAUUCACAAACAAUUUCCGUUGUUUUUGGAGUUGAGAAGCCCUGCUCCACCAAGCCAGCAAGCCUUUCAGACACACUCCUGUUCUGCAGUGACGGACCACAGCAGCCAGCAAAAGCAUCCUGGAUCUCGGACUGGAGGAGUAUUCUCUGUUGUCAUUUGUUUGUUUGUUAGUGAAAUUUUGUCAUUUUACCAAAGCUUACGUAUUAAAGCUUGGUCACUAUU